UCUCUCCCCCCCUUUCUCUCACACACACAAACACACAAUGGCGGCGACCGCCAAAGAGGAGGCGGAGAUCGAAAUCAAGCAGUCCAGCCAAGUGAUUGAAACUGUCGCCGCCUCAGAAGAGAAGGUGCCGUUCUUCAGACCCCUGUCGGAGGGGAGGGAGAACACUUGGAUCGUCUCCCUCUUCAUCGUCCUCCACCUGGUGGCUUUCGCAGCCACAAUGAUCGUCAACGACUGCUGGCACAAUUCUCACGCCCAUUGCGCUCUUAAACCACUGGGAAGGCUCUCCUUUCAGCCCUUAUCGGAAAAUCCGUUGCUCGGCCCCUCAGCUUCGGCGCUAGACUCUAUGGGGGCCCUUAGAGAGUCAAUUUUGACAAAACAUCACAAAACUUGGCGCCUUUUUGCAAGCCCAUGGUUGCAUGCAGGAGUUUUCCACCUUCUAAUCAAUCUUUCCAGUGUUAUCUUUGUUGGUAUUCACUUAGAGCAAGAAUCUGGACCACUUAGAACUGGGAUUAUCUACCUACUCUCUGCUUUUAGUGGUAGUUUGGUAGGUGCACUGUUUCUCAGAGAUGAGCCAUCAAUUACUUCUUCCGGUGCUCUAUUUGGACUACUUGGUGGUAUGCUUUCAGGUCUCAUCCGAAACUGGAAGUUUUACAGCAACAAGUUUGCAUCUCUUCUAGCUAUUCUGUCUAUCUCAGUGAUCAAUAUUGUCCUCGGUCUGCUACCUUAUGUGAACAAUUUUUCAAAUAUGGGGGGAUUUAUAUCGGGAUUCCUUCUUGGAUUUGUGCUCCUCUUCAGUCCUCAGUUUGGGCAUAUGGCUCAAAGUAAAGCAGGUUUAUUUGAUUACGAUGUCAAAUGUUCUGUCAAACUAAGGCAGAAGUUGGACAGGCCUGUGCUGAGGAGUAGUUUUCUUGUUCUUUACAGCCUUCUAAUUGCAGGAGUUACUGUUGCAGUUUUUCAUGGGAUAAAUGUAAACAAGUACUGUGGCUGGUGUCGAUAUAUUGACUGUAUACCCUCCAAGUGGUGGAGCUGCAAGGAUAAGCCGGUGUACUGCGAGACUGUAAUAAAUACGGGGAGGCUGACUCUAACAUGCAUAGGCGACGAUAGAUACAGGGUUUUCCCCUUCACUGAUAUCUCACAAGAAAGGAUCAAGGACUUGUGCAAUCUGAUAUGCUCUUAGAAGGGUGAGAAUUUUCAGCAACUAGCAAGUUUCUCUGUGCACUGAAACUAGUUGGAGUUGGAAUUCUAGGAUUGUGUUGAGGAUGAAUAUCCAUCUCAUCCGGAAACUGUGUGCUCAUGUAUAGGAAGGAUCAAGCAUCUUUGGUGGUAGAUAAGAAUGGUUUCAUGCAUGCAAUUCAAAAAUAUUCAACAGUCGGUCAUAAGGUGCAUUUGGCAUAUUUCUUGUGGGGUGAUGAGUAGUUGGAGAUCCUUCUCAGUGUUAGCCAAGUUGUGGCUUAAGCCUCGCAGAUGAUGAGAUUUGAAAAUGUCAG